UGUUUGUUGCGUAGUAAUGACUGUCUGUGUCUACUUCCUUCCUGCUUUAUGUAGUAGCCUACACUAAGCAAACAACAGCCUAGUAGCCUACUAGCCUACUACGCGGAUGCGAGGUGUUGAAGAACUCAAGUGGUCAUAAGAGCAAGUAUUUUGGACACGCAGCGGGAGAAAAAGUUCAUUUCUGCGAGAACCGACCGUCCUUUUGCCUGAAGAAGAUUGUGUGUUGUGUGAAGUUCGCGCAACAGAUAUUGAAUGUUCUGAGACGCGCUGGAUUGCAUUCUGUGCUGUAGACAUUCUCAUCGGCUUUGAUGGUUGGUCGGACAGCCACCCGUUCGAUAUUGGAGAACUCAUAGAGGGGUUUCUAUUAGGACGAGGUGUCUGUUAGUACAAGCAGGGAAUUCCACCUCUCCUCUCACAUACUCCACCAAAUGCUAUGGUGGUGUGUAGAUGCCAGAGCACCAACCAGGACUAGGGCUAGAUGGGAGCCCAUACUGACAGUAUCAGCCUGAUACUAUGGCUGCUUAUGCCCUGAGCAGUCUGAUUAUGAUGAAUAGCAACAAUCUGAAGAGUGAGAGUAGCCCUCGGACUGGGAGGCCUGUGCUGCCUGUGCCAGGCCGCUCCACCUACUGCCAGCUCCAGGUGACUGGGGGCCCCUACAGCCCUGGCAGUCUGAGUCCUGGCUCCCCUGGGGGCUCCUUCGUCUUUCCCCCCUCUCCAGGCCCCAGCAGCCCCAGGGCCCGCUCCCCCUGCCGCCACCCUGAUACCCUGGGGGUGAUCGUGGGCAACCGUGUCCGCCGGCUCAGCAGCAACGGAGAUGAGGAGGCCCCAAACGGGGAAGUGAAGCGCACAGUGCAGCUCCUGCAGAUCCACCGGGAGCUCCUGAAUGUGGAGGUCAACAAGAAGGUGGGUCUGUUCGAGGCCCAGAUCUCUGGCCUGCGCACCCAGGUUCAGAACGCUGAGAUCCAGCGCAGCCCUAGGUCCCUGCGCAGAACAGGCCCAGCCUCCCAGGCCAGCCGGCCCACCCAGGUGCCCACCUCCAACCCCCCACAGAGAGACUUCUCUCCAAGCAUUCCCAAGGAACUCCAGAAUGGGAAAUGGUGUCUCCGCUCGGAGCAGGGAGUAACGGGGAACAGCAGAAUGGAAAAUAGCACGGCUGACCCAAAUACGGAACAGGGAAGUCUGCUUGUGAAGAAAUCAGCAGGAACUUGGGCCCAAGCUGACAGUUCAGCGAGCAGUCACUCCCCGAGUACACUGGGGAUUGGCAGCUUCUUGGCAGGCAGCGACAGUGAGCGCCCUGCGGAGUGGGCCCAGACCUGUCUGACAAAGGCAGGAACGGAGCCAACGGAAACCCAGCUGCAAGCAGCCUCGGCCUGGGCCGACAGAGAGGGGAGCUGCCCAGAGGUGGGGACCACCAUCCCAGCCGUCAUAGUAACGGACCACGGGAUGGAGGCCCAGGGAGAAGGCUGUGAUCCAAGCAGCGCGCCCCAGCACAGCCCCAGGUCAUCCCGAGCCCUGAGGAAGCUGUCCUCCUCCUCAGCCUCUUCCACAGGCUUCUCCUCCUCCUGGGAGGAAUCAGAGGACGACAUCUCCAGCGACCCAGAGAGAGCCGAGGGACUGUCACCUGCCCUCCUUAACACCCAGCAGAAAGCUCACAAGUCAUGGAAGAAGAUCAAGAACAUGGUCCAUUGGUCUCCUUUCGUCAUGUCCUUCAAGAAGAAGUACCCUUGGAUCCAGCUGGCGGGUCAUGCAGGCAGUUUCAAGGCGGGGGCUAACGGGCGGAUCCUGAAGAAGCACUGUGACUGUGAGCAGCGCUGCCUGGACUGGCUGAUGAAUGACGUGCUGCGGCCCUACGUACCGGCCUACCACGGAGACGUUGAGAAAGACGGGGAGAAGUACAACCAGAUGGAUGACCUGCUCUCUGAGUUCGACCUGCCCUGCGUCAUGGACUGCAAGAUGGGUGUCAGGACAUACCUGGAGGAGGAGCUGACCAAGGCCCGUAAAAAGCCCAGUCUGAGGAAGGACAUGUACCAAAAGAUGGUGGAGGUGGACCCCCUGGCACCCACGCCAGAGGAGCAGGAGCAGCAGGCGGUCACCAAGCCCCGCUACAUGCAGUGGAGAGAGACCAUCAGCUCCACCGGUACACUGGGCUUCCGCAUCGAGGGCAUCAAGAAGGAAGACGGGACAGUAAACAGAGACUUUAAAAAGACCAGGAGCAGGGAGCAAGUGACAGAAGCAUUCACCGACUUUGUCAAAGGAAACCAGAACAUCCUGAACUGUUAUCUGGACAGACUGAAGGAAAUCAGGAACACUCUGGAAAUAUCAACCUUCUUCAAGACCCAUGAGGUGAUUGGCAGCUCACUGCUGUUCGUCCAUGACAAGCGGGAACAGGCCAAGGUGUGGAUGAUAGACUUUGGGAAGACCACCCCUCUGCCUGAGGGACAGGUCCUGAGUCACAGAGCCACCUGGGAGGAGGGCAACCGUGAGGACGGCUACCUCUAUGGCCUGGACCACCUUAUAGACAUUCUCACCCAAAUGGUGGUGACCUCAGAGCCAGGGCCAGACCCACUCUGAGAGGACCGUCCUGUCACCUCUGUCAACCUCGACCCUACCCCCCUGGCAGGACCACCACCUCGCACUACAGUGACGCCUCUGGUGUCCCCAAAAAGCUAUCCUUCUCUCCCUCCCUC